CAGACUUCAAAGCAACACCUGAAAUCAAAUUUGUCAAUUUAUAUGGUAGUCCCUGGAAGUUCCAUUUUUUGGCAGGGCAAUACAUGAGUAAUACUUCUAGGCAAUCUUUUUUUCUGUUUUCUGAAAAUGUUGAAUUCAUGUUUCAUAAAAGAUGUCAACAAUUGACCAUACAACAACUUUUAUUCCGCUCCCUUUUUCUAGACCAGCUUAUGUGAGAAUGAUCCAAUUAUCCAAACGUGGAUCUAUUGAUUUCACAUACUUAGAGAUGAGUACAGGUUAGAACUAUUUUAAAUUACCAGCACAUGAAAUCUAUUGCAUUCUUCAUUUGAUGGUGUUUUUAGUUAUCAUACUCUCUCUCAUCCUAUCUCCAGUUUAUCAAUUUUGCAGAACGUAGCCUUAAAACUCAGUGUCACUCUGUAAAUUGAAGCAGAAGAAGGAAUUAUGUCAUACAUGACUUUUAAGGCAUGGAACCUUAAGUGGUAAUAGAUUAUAUUCUUUUCAUGAGGAAGUCACUUGACAAAGCAGAAAUGUAUCAAUUGUUCACUGUUCAGUAUCUCAUUCAUUAAGCCACAAGGCCUUUUAGAAGUAAGUUAAGGAGAAUAGCAGAUGCAAAGUAGCUUAUGGACUUUGAUGAAGCUCUAGCUGCAGUUGUGCAAACUUCAGUUGUCAGUAGACGGUCCCUUACUUGAGUAUCACAGCCUCAUUUCCAAUUAGCGUAAACCACAUUCUUUCAGAGAGAUAGUUAAAGGAUGAGCAAUUUUGUGCUAGAGGCUUAAGAUUUUGUUCUGGAUGGUAACAUCUUCAAUAGGAGGUAGGUGAAGUGCUCUAAAUGAUAGCUUUGUUUACAAAUUAGUUUAUUUUAUCAGCUCAAUAGAAAAGUUCAAUCAUUUGGACGCAGUUUUACCGUUCGUCAUGCAGGAUUAUCAACUUCUUUGAUACAUCAAGGAGCUGACUAGACUUUGCUUUUCUGCACUUUGAUUAUUCUAUAGAGACUUACUACAUGACAAUGGCUGCUACAUUUCAAUCAUCUUUUAUUUUGAUCCCAAUGGCAGUAGAAUUAUAUGGGUUAUGAGUUUUGAUAUAAGAUCUGGUGAACAGAGCUUCUACUGAAGAUAUGGUGGAAAAAAAAAUUCUAGAUGUUUGUUUGUACUUUGAUAUUCACAUAGUGAAGUAUUCUCCUAAUUCUGUCUGUACACUAAAUCUGUUUCUUUUAACUUCUUUGAUUAUCUGUUUUCGUAUCUAAACAAUCUAAUGGUCAUGCCGUACCUCAUGUCUAAAACACUAUCUGUGACGGUGCACUCUUUUGGGUGUUGAAGUUUAUAUAUCCAAUGAAAGAUGUUGCUUGCACUAGUCUUAAAUGUUCAACUUCGACGUGUUUAGGGAAGCUAACAUGUGUACUGAUUUCCUGGAGAAUAUGGGUCACAACCUCCCUUCUUUUGUCUGUCAUCAUCUGAAACGCUGGCCCUUUGGCCUGGGGAUGUUCUUGUAUGCUGAUAUGAAUGGUACUGCGUUUCCCGAAUUUUUGUGGAAUUCUAUUUUAUUUAUGAAUGUUUUUCUCUCUUUUCACCUAAAAAAAAAAAUGAUGUUGCUUGCAAUGCUUUUUGAUGUAGGAAGGCUUUUAAGACUCAUAGUACUUCUUGCCAGGAGACUAAAAAACAUUACAGAACUCAGAAAUGUGAUUAGAGAAGGCGCAGGCUUUUCCUAUGGGGUUAUAUUUGUUGUCCUCUAAAUUUUAUAUUGUU